AGCUGAGUGUUGCGAGAUGGAGGAGGAGACGGGGCCAUCCUUCCCCCCUCCAUCUACCCCGCCGAUCGCCACGCCCUCCCCCAACAUCUCCACCAAUACAGCCACCACCUCCAACAGCUCACCUGGGGGAGGGAGCAGCGGCAGCGGCAGCAGUCAGGUCAGACGCAAGGCGCUCCUGCUUCGGACGUCGAGAUUCUACCGGCCAUCGAAGCAGGCGUCCUACAGCACCACUCCUGCAGGAAGCUCCCCGCAGCCCCCGCGUUGCUCCGUCACCACCAGCAUCUUGCGCAAGACGCAUCCCGAGAUCUCGCUGAGGAACAAGAAGCGCGUGAUCCACAUGCUGGCGGUGGUGGUGGUGGAGUUCUUCGUGUGUUGGACGCCCCUGUACGUCGUCAACACGCUGGCUUAUUGGUUUCCUCAACACGUGUACCACUGGCUGGGCAUGGACGGCGUGGUGGUCAUACAGCUGCUGGCGUACUGCUCCUGCUGCUGCAACCCGCUCACCUACUGCUUCAUGAACCAUUCCUUCAGGAGGGCUUUCCUCAACGCCGUCGGCUGCGGGAAGGCCUCCCGCCGGAGCAACACUUGUGACGACGCCAGGUUCAUCUCCAGGAAGAGCUAAGGCGGCGCCGGUCUCGGUCACUCGCUCACUGUUUCUCUGCCUUUCUCUUCCUUUUUAUCUGUCCGUUUCCCCUCGCAUAUCUCUCUUCCUCUUCCUUUUUUCUACCCUUCCCUCCCGUUUAUAUCUCACUCCCUCUCUUCCAUU